AAAAGGAAAAAGGAAAAAAAAUAAAAGCUCAAAAAUCAAAAGCAAACCAUUUCGUCGACUCACGGCGCACACAAAACCGCAAAAUCCGCCGCCGCCGCCGACCACCGCAGCCGCCGACGCGACGCCUCCUCUCUCGCUCUCGCCGAUUUGCACCGGAUCACAUGCGGUCACCUCCCCGAUGUCCUCCCUGCUUCUCCACCACCUGCUCUUCCUCGUCGUCGUCGGCGUCGCGGGCGGCGGCCGGCUGAGGGCGCCUUCUUCGCUGGAGUUCCACCACCGGUUCUCCUCCCCGCUGCGGCGGUGGGCGGAGGAGCGCGGCCACGUGUUUCCCGGGGGCUGGCCGGAGCACGGCAGCACCGACUACGUUGCGGCGCUGGCCGGGCACGACCGCCGCCGCGCGCUCUCAGCCAGCGACGGCGGCGGCGGAGGAGGAGACAAGCCCCCGCCGCUCACCUUUUCCGAGGGAAACGCCACCCUGAAGGUCAGCAACCUCGGAUUCUUGCACUACGCGCUUGUGACGGUGGGCACGCCGGGGCAGACGUUCAUGGUGGCGCUGGAUACUGGGAGCGAUCUCUUCUGGCUGCCGUGCCAGUGUGAUGGGUGCACGCCACCGGCUUCAGCCGCUUCUGGAUCAGCUUCCUUUUACAUUCCUAGUUUGUCAUCAACAAGCCAAGAAGUUCCUUGCAACAGUGAAUUUUGUGAGCUUAGAAAGGAAUGCUCUACAACAUCGCAGUGUCCAUACAAGAUGGUGUAUGUUUCUGCAGACACAUCUUCGUCAGGUUUUCUAGUCAAGGAUGUUCUCUACUUAUCAACAGAGGGUGCCCUUCCUCAAAUUCUCAAGGCCCAAAUACUAUUUGGGUGUGGACAGAUACAGACAGGAUCAUUUCUUGAUGCUGCUGCUCCAAAUGGUCUAUUUGGACUUGGAAUAGAUAUGAUAUCAAUUCCUAGCAUCCUAGCACAGAAAGGUCUGAUAUCUAAUUCCUUUGCAAUGUGCUUUAGCGGUGAUGGUAUUGGGAGAAUUAGUUUUGGAGACCAAGGCAGCUCAGAUCAAGAGGAGACACCACUAGAUGUCAACCCACAACAUCCUACAUACACUAUCAGCAUCACCGAGAUUACAGUUGGAAAUAGCCUGACGAACAUGGAAUUUAGUACUAUUUUCGACACAGGAACGUCUUUUACAUACUUGGCAGACCCAGCUUAUACAUAUAUAACACAGAGUUUCCAUGCACAGGUUCAAGCAAAUCGCCAUGCUGCUGACUCAAGAAUUCCUUUUGAAUAUUGCUAUGAUCUGAGCUCCAGUGAAGAUAGGAUUCAAACUCCUAGUAUAAGUUUGAGAACAGUCGGUGGAGGUGUGUUUCCAGUUAUUGAUGAAGGGCAGAUUAUCUCCAUUCAGCAACAUGAGUAUGUUUAUUGCUUGGCGAUUGUCAAGAGUGCAAAACUCAAUAUAAUUGGCCAAAACUUCAUGACUGGUCUUCGUGUUGUGUUCGAUCGAGAAAGGAAAAUUCUUGGUUGGAAGAAAUUCAAUUGUUAUGACACUGAUAGUUCAAACCCUCUUUCUAUCAAUUCACGGAAUUCUUCAGGCUUCUCCCCUUCAGCACCUGAGAAUUACUCACCCCAGGAAACAAAAGGUGGAAACCCAGCCAGCGUUACACAGUUGAGACCCCUGAGUAAUUCAUCCCCGGUGAUGUGGUAUGACAGUUUAGUGUUGAAGUUUCUUUUGGUCCAUUUGGCCAUCUUGGUUUGAUCCUUUACUAAUUGGUUUUGGGAUGACCUGGAUGUAAAUUAGUUCUCACGGCAACUGUAGAUGCCCUAGAAGCUGACUAGAUAGUACAGCAUAGAGAACAAUACUCUGUAUACACUUCUGUAAAUUGUGUUGAAAGUAAAUUAAUUUGUGAUGCCAAUUUUUGAUGGCUCACUGUACGAGCUCCCUUUUCAGUCUUACGUGUU